GCCGGCCCACUGGCCAUGGAUUCCCCCGGGCUGCCGCAGCGCCCCACCGAGGAGCUUCCUUGGCCUGCUAGCUUUGUGCGCGCGCCCCUGGGGCUGCUGCGCCUGGACCCCACGGGCGGGUCACUGCUGCUGCUCGGCCUGGCCGCGCUGCUCGGCUGGAGCUGGCUGCGGCGGCACCGCGCGCAGGGCUCCCCGCCGGGGCCCACGCCUUGGCCGCUGGUGGGCAACUUGGGCUAUGUGCUGCUACCACCUUUCCUCCAGCGGUGGAGCUGGCUGUAUCGCCACUCCAAGGCCGCUGGGAUGAAGCCCACAGCCCUGUGCCCGCAGGUGCUCCUAGCCCAUCUGGCUCGCCAGUAUGGCAACAUCUUCAGCUUCUUCAUCGGCCACUACCAGGUGGUGGUCCUCAACGACUUCCACAGCGUGCGCGAGGCGCUGGUGCAGCAGGCUGAGGUCUUCAGCGACCGCCCUCGGGUGCCGCUCAUCUCCAUCAUAACCAAGGAGAAGGGGAUUGUAUUUGCACCUUAUGGUCCAGUCUGGAAACAACAGAGGAAGUUCUCUCAUUCAACUCUUCGUCAUUUUGGCUUGGGAAAGCUGAGCUUGGAACCCAAGAUUAUUGAAGAGUUCAAAUAUGUGAAAGAGGAAAUGCAGAAGCAUGGAGAAAACCCCUUUAGCCCUUUCCCCAUUGUCCACAAUGCCAUCUCCAACAUCAUUUGCUCCAUGUGUUUUUCCCAGCGUUUUGACUACACCAACAGUGAGUUUAAGAAGAUGCUUCAUUUUAUGUCACGAGGGUUAGAAAUCUGUCUGAACAACCAAGUUCUCCUAAUAAACAUAUGCUCUUGGCUUUAUUACCUUCCCUUUGGACCAUUUAAGGAAUUAAGGCAAAUUGAAAAAGAUAUGACCAUUUUUCUUAAAAAAAUCAUCAAAGAGCAUCGAGAGUCUCUGGAUGUAGAGAACCCUCAGGACUUCAUAGACAUGUACCUUCUCCACAUGGAAGAAGAAAAGAAAAUCAAUAGUAACAGUAGUUUUAAUGAAGAUUACUUGCUUUAUACUAUUGGGGAUCUCUUCAUUGCUGGGACUGAUACCACAACUAACUCUAUACUUUGGUGCCUUCUGUAUAUGUCAUUGCACCCUGAUGUUCAAGAAAAGGUUCAUGAAGAAAUAAAAAAAGUCAUUGGUCUCAACCGAGCCCCUUCCCUCACUGACAAGGUCCAGAUGCCCUACACAGAGGCCACCAUCAUGGAGGUGCAGAGGCUGACCAUGGUGGUACCACUCUCCAUUCCUCACAUGACUUCAGAGAAAACAGUGCUCCAAGGGUACACCAUCCCCAAAGGCUCCAUGAUUGUGCCCAACCUGUGGUCAGUACAUAGAGACCCAGCCAUCUGGGAGAAACCAAAUGAGUUCUCCCCUGACCGAUUUCUGGACGAUCAAGGACAAGUUUGUAAAAAAGAAACCUUCAUCCCUUUUGGGAUCGGGAAGCGGGUGUGUAUGGGAGAGCAGCUGGCAAAGAUGGAAUUAUUCCUGAUGUUUGUGAGCCUAAUGCAGAGUUUCACAUUCACCUUACCAAAGGAUUCUAAGAAGCCUGUCCUCACAGGAAGAUUUGGCCUGACUUUAGCACCACAUCCAUUCAAUAUCAUCGCUUCAAAAAGAUGA